UGAGAUUAUAUUCGAGAUCAUAAAAGAUUCAGAAUUUUGUUUUUGCGAAGAGAAAAAUUAUGAUCGAUCGAGAAAAAGUAAUGAAAGUCGUUUGUUUUGGUCUUUUGUAUGUACGAUUGUAGGUGUCGUCGAUAUUAAAGGAAAGAAGGAUGGAUGGAUGGAUGAAUGGAUGGAUGGAUGGAUGGAUGGAUGGUUGGUUAGUUGGAUGGAAGAAAGGAAGGAAGGAAGGAAGGAAGGAAGGAAGAAGAGUCGAUUCGAUGAGGAAAUGCAUCCAUCGAGAAUCAUAUUUCCUGAACGGAAAGCAUUAUAUCUUACAUUCUACGAUGACUUGCCUUGCAUUCCUUUGCUUUAUCAUUUUUAAUACCACCAUAAAAUGAUCUUGCGUUUUAUUAGGAACGACGAAAUAUAUUAUAACGCGAUUAAAUUCACCGGUAGAAUGUUUAUUCACUAUUUUAGCAUAGCUUUUCACAGGAACGUAUAGGCGAGGUGUCAUAGAUAUUUGUGAGAUUAAGCCUGUGCGUUGGAUUGAUGGCUUUAAAAACAAAUUUAAGUGAGAUCUAGCUCGACGAUAUGGAAACGAAAAGAGUGCUACUUGAAAGACAGUACGAAAUAGCUCUGUUUCGCUGGAUUGGAUGAGAUCUAUUAAAGAUACAUCAUGUUUGCAAAGUCUAAGAGCAGCAGUUCGUCCUCCAAUUUUCAAUUAGCAAAUCCAAUAAGAAAUUUCUGCGAAAUUCGGAAGCAAACAGCUACCGCGGGACCGGAACAUGUUUGGCGUAUCUACGAUGCUUACAGUAAAGAGGACGGGAAGGAAGUUUCUGUAUUUCUCUUCGACAAACGUUCGGUGGAAAAACUUCAUAAACCAAAACGCAAGGAAACUGUUACGGAAAUAUUACGGAAUGGAGCUAAGGAAAUGCAACGCUUUAUCCAUCCAAAGAUAUUGCAGGUAUAUAAAGUCGAAGAAUGUCCUGAAACAUUAGCCUUCGCCUCGGAACCGGUCUUAGCUAGUCUUGCAAAUGUCUUAGCUUAUGAAGAGCAACAAGAACUUAUCAAUAAACAAAAUACAUUGUCACAAAGCCAUCGUCCAGUUUAUAUAAAAGAAUAUGAAUUAUUGGAUAUUGAAAUUAAAUAUGGUUUAUUACAGAUUACCGAAGCUUUACUAUUUCUGCAUACCAAUUCUCAUACCAAAAUUCUUCACAGAAACGUUUGUCCGAGUAAUAUUAUAAUAACGAAAAGGGGAACGUGGAAGCUCGCCGGAUUCGAAUUUAUAGAGGUGGUCAAUGAGGUACCAUUUACUAUACAACCAUGGACAAGUAGAAUGUCAAAAAUGGCCCAACCAAAUUUGGAUUACUUAGCACCGGAAAUCCAACAAAAAAAAUUAGGAAGCUUUAGUAGCGACAUGUAUAGUCUUGGAAUGACAAUAUGUGCUAUCUUCAAUCGAGGCAGACCCUUGAUUCAAGCCAAUCACAAUUGUUCCGAGUACAUGAAGCAAUUAGAAAAUCUCGAUGAUCGGGUCGGCAUUAUUCUACCAUCGGUCGCGCUUCCUCUGAGAGAAGCAGUUUCAAGACUUCUUCAAAAGGAUAUUGAUCUAAGGCCUACCGCUCAAGUUUUAUCGAUGAUCAAAUAUUUCCGGGAUCCGCUCGUGCACGCCCUUCAAUUUCUGGAUGUGAGCAAGUUAAAGGACUUGAUGCAAAAGGAACAUUUUUAUAGGACGACCCUGAAGGAAUUGUUGCCGUAUAUACCGAAGAAACUAUUGUAUCAACACAUUUGGUGGUAUCUCCAAGCUGAGCUGCAGACCCAGGAAGUCUUAUCGGCGGUCCUGCAGCCGAUCUUAUACAUCAUUGAAAUGAGUACUAAAGAAGAAUACGAGAAUAUAAUCUUUCCCACCUUGAGACCGCUCUUCUCGAAUCGAAAAUCGAUUAAUGGUACUGUAACGUUGUUAGAAAAUUUGCAUGUAAUAUUGGAGAAGACACCCGAACAGUACAUAGAUUCGGAGGUUUUACAGAUGUUAUAUACGAGUUUUGAGAAUUCUACGAUGCAAGUGCAGACGGCCGCUUACAUAGCAGUAACCAAUGUGACGGAAUAUCUCAAUGACGAAGCUAUAAGAAAUAUAAUAUUACCAAAGUUACUUCAGGCCUUCGACAAUGGUACCGUCGACGAACGUAAAUUGAUGAAAGUAGUUUACUGUAUAUUAAAUCGACUCGAGAAACAAAAGAUCAUAGACUACGUGUUACCCCUUCUGUGCAAGGUUAAACUACAAGAACCCGAAAUCGUCGUUCGGGUUGUAAAUAUUUACAAAUUGAUGCUCACCGAUAAGAAUUACGGUCUCUCCGUCAAUUGGAUGGCAACUCGAGCGAUGCCCUCGUUACUUCCACAAACUGUCAAUCCAGGAUUAAAUUUGGAACAAUUCAUGUCACUUUUCCAAGUACUUCAAGAAAUGUUGAAUCACAUAGAGAGGAAUCAAAGAAAUAAGCUCACUCUAGACAAUCUCUCUUUACCGAGUCCGGAACGUUAUCGGCCUUUCCGACAUCAGCAUAGUACGGACAACAUGCACGUACCACCAUUCAACAUCCCGAAUUUAAGGAUCGAUCAACGAAAGACUUCGUCCGCCGAAGAUAUGGCGAGAAAGAAUAGCAUGACUGAACCGGAUAGGACGGCCUCAGCCGAAAAUAUGGCGCGGAAAAAUUCAAUGUUCAACGCUUUUGGAGGAUGGUUCACAUCAACGAUGAACGAUAGCAAUUUCUUAAAAGUACAUAACGCCUUCACGAGUAGACGUCUUUCGGAUAAUACUUUAAUGACACCUAAAAUACGCGUUGCACCAUCUUGCGCCAGCUCUCCAGGUGGAACACCUGGUGGUGGUUUACCCGUACGUCGACAUUCAAGUAUAGGGCCUCAAGAACGACGUGGAUCGAACAUUAAUCUUUCACCGCCCACGGGAGGCGGAAUGCCAAUAACAAGUAGUAGCGUGCCAUAUCUUCUCAGUUCGAGUAUGAAUAGUGUUCGAGGAUCAAGACGUCCCUCGGUAUCAUCGACGUCAUCCCAACAAGGACUUCUUCAACAGGUUGGAUCCAGCAUGGUAAGACAACUACCCCCCAUCUGCCUCAACCUCAAUGGACCACCACCACCACCAACACUCUCUCCAUCACUCCAGCUACCGGGACAACAUUCCCACUGACCCUUGGUUACAGUUAUCAGUUCUUCAAUAGACAAACCGACGCAUGAAGCGUGCAAGCAGAAAGAAAGGAGAGAUAGAGGAACGUCGAAUGCUAAUUUGUACCUAAAAAAUAGAAGAAUAUUCAUCUUUCUGGGGAAUUUAGAGAAAGUACAAGACAACCAUGCGAAAUGCAAAAGUAAAUUGCCUUUUCUAAUAUUAUCAAGAAUCUGGUACGAUCGGAACAAGGUAGGUUGUACAAAUUCGAGCAUCGCUAAGAGAAAGUAUUCGAUGUCACGAUGAUAUGAGAAUAGGAAUUCACAAAUUCGACUUCAUUUCGAGGAUUGAUCUUUCUUUAAAUUUCUUCGAAAAAUUUUCUUCUUCAAAGUAGCUACAAUUCUCAACGAUAAUAUACAAUAUAUAUAUAUAUAUAUAUAUAUAUAUAUAUAUAUAUAUAUAUAUAUAUAUAUAUAUUGUAUACCGUAUGUCGCUCAUGAAUGAAAUACGUCUCAGCGAGAAGAGUGGUUGCUUUCAAUGGGUGAACUCUCUUCUUCCUUCUUCGAAUAAAUACGAGUUUAUGAAUCUCUUUCUUUCUCUUUAAAUGUUUCAUCGUGUAAUAACAGGACGUGUGUCGGUCUUCAAUGGAUCAGCUGAUAAAUCCUCUAUUAAAUGUAUACAUGUAUACACGUGUCUACAUGUGUAUAAUAAUUAAAUCCUCGUGCACGUGCUCAUUAGUAAUCGACAUUUAAUCAGGUCAUUAAUUUUCGAUUAAUUCGUUUUUCAUUCUCUUGUUUCAAAUCACUUCGAUAUUUUAUAAUUAAGUACUUUCAGACAAAAUAAUGAUUAUUCGUAAUUAUAAACUCUUUGCCCCUAUAGACAGAUUGCACUUAUCACAUAUAUGGUUAUAUAUUGUCUAUAAUCAGGGACUUAAAAAAUCUUUCUUACCGAUAGAUGAUAAUCGCGAGCUAUGUUAUCGACAUAGUAUAAAGUGAUAUCUGUUUUCAGGCGUAAUACGAAACCAUGAAGAAAUUUAAUAUUCAUGAUUAUCAAAUAAUUUACGAAGUGAUGCGAAGCUUUCACAUAUAUACAAAUAUUUAAAAUGAUUGAAUAAUGAAUCUCAUUAUUAAUACUUAUAUAUUCAUUCUGUUAUAUUUCUAGUAUUCAUAUUUACAUAUCUUCGGCCUCGUUCGUAAAGAGAGAAGCUAAUAUUUUUCUCCUUAAUAUAGGGCCUAUUGCUGUUAUUAAAUGGGAAAACGCGUGAUUGCGCGAUACCCUUGUCAAUUGUCGCAUUACACAAUCAUUAAUAGUUAAGGUAGUUUUUGUAUCCGUGUAAGAUAUACAUACAUAUAUACAUACAUACAUACAUACAUACAUAUAUAUCGCGCGGGCGUUCGCGCGCCUCUCGGUGACGGAUAGCAUCCGGAAGAAAGCGCGAUGUUAAAAAAUAAAGUUAAAAAUACGAUCUGAUUCUUUUCCAAUAUACGGCCAACGAUCGGAAAAAGACAGACAGACAGAUGGACAGACAGACAAACAGACAGAGAGAGAGAGAGAGAGAGAGAGAGAGAAAAGAGAAAAAUAAAAUAAACCACGUGUUCCUAUGUACAACGCGCGCAAAUAAAUUUUCAUUUUGCGCUCCGGUAAGAUAUACUUCGCCUAGAUAUUUUUUCUCGCUUGUAAUGAAAAAUAUAUGUAGGGACAGUCUUACACAAUUACAUAUUCACAUAUAUACAUGUACGAUGUACGAUGUCGAUCAUCGAAAGAUUUUCGAAUUUUAUCUGACGUUUCCAAUCUUUCACAGAGUUUAUAGAAAAUAAAACAGGUAAUGUAGAUCAUUAUACUGAUAUAUAUACAUAUGUAUGUAUAUAUAUAUAUAUAUAUAUCAGAUGAAUUGUAUCAUUUGUUAAGCAUCGUUUCGUGCAUCGAAUAAUAUCGAUUCUCGCAGUUUGACGACCUCCUUAUGAACGAAACGAUAAUGAUCAAACGAUUUAUAUAUCCGUGCUCGUCUAUGUACAUGACUUUCGAAUAUUUGUUAAAUUUCUUAUCUGCCGUCCGAUUUCUUAUGAUUCGAGAGUAAUUCUAUCCUUUUACCCUGGACGAGCGCGAAAUUGUAAUGCACGGAAUCGUAAAAGCACGCAAGUAUGAUAAGCUAUCUACACAAAUAUUAGGCCAUAUAUCCUAUGAAGUUAAAGGAGUGGUACAUCUAUUGUAUUGUACGUAUAUAUGUAUGCGUCUAUACAUGUUCCUAAGACGAUCAUACAAAGUUAAGUGUCCUUAAUGUUAAGCAAAACCGGUUGAACGAUCCAGACGGAAUCAUAUAUUGAGAGAACAAAUCGUAUAUAUUGGUGAUUAUUUCCAUAAAAUCGCGCGCGAAUGUCCGCAUUUACUUUAUCGCAAUUAUAUUUGUAUGUGUGUAUAUAUAUAUAUAUAUAUAUCUAUAUAUAUAUAUAUAUAUAUAUAGAUAGAUAUGUAUGCAUUAAUAUGUACUUAUGUAUAUAUGUAUAUUUAUAUAUCUAUAUAUACAUACAUAUGUAUACAUGUAUCACGGACAAUCAUGGACAAUCAUCUUUCAAACCACGGUAAUAAAAGUGCGUGAGAAACGAUCGAUUUAAUGUUUUACGCUCUAUAUAUAAUGAUAUGUGUAUAUUGAUCUCAAUGAUCAUUGAUUUGUCUCAUCGUGCAAGUAUGUAAAUCCGAUCGUUCUUGUAUAAGAUAAACCCCAUCGAUUGGUAUUACGCACAAUGUAUGAAGUAUAGAGAUUUCUUACAUUCGUGACGUUAUAUAAAUAUCUUUAACUAUAAACAUUGAACCGAUUUAGUCUUGAUAUCUAAUCGAAAGUCUCUCCAUAUUUUAGAAAUAUUUAUUUCUUUAUAAUAGGCAAUACUGACGACAUUAUUGGAAUACCUCUUUCUGAUCCUUGCGUGUGCGUACUUUGUAUUAAAAAUAAUUUUUCUCUCUCUCUAUAUAUAUAUACAUAUAUAAUAUAUGUGUGUGUAUAUGUAUAUACAUAUAAAUAUAUAUAUAUAUAUAUAUAUAUAUAUAUAUAUAUGCACACAUAUAUAUUUAGAAUCUAUGUGGUAAUACAAAUACGGAGUCGAGUAAAAUACUUCCCUUUUCUUUAUAUUCUUCAAAGAAAAGAUAAAAAUAUAUUGACUAAAUGAACAUUCCAAGUAUGGCCAUAACAAAAGUGUUAUUAAAAUAAAAACUUUCUCUCUCUCUCUCUCUCUCUUCUAUUAUUUCAUUAAUAAUAUAUAAUAGUAUUUUACACGACUACGUGAUAUAUUUGACAAAAAUUUAUCGCGGUAUGCUUCAAUCGUACUCUUGGCUAUAUCGUACGCUCGUAACCGUGAUUUUGUCAUUAAAAACGGUAAUCAUCCUUUUUAGAAUCUUUGUUGAUUGUUAAUGGAUAAGAUAAGUAAAACGUAAUUGCAAUCCGAUUUAAAGUAACAAUAAUAAUGAUAACAAUAAUGUGAUUAUUAAGUGUCUACUAUGUUAUAUUCAAUAAUGAUCAUUUGGACGUAAUUAUAUAAAGGAUGUUUCUAUUAAAAAUUGACACAAAAUGAAGAUUAAUAAGGUUCAAUGAAGAAGAUAUAAACAAUAACUCGUCCUCAGAUACAUAUCCAAAAUUAGGAAAAUUUAUUUAGGCAAUGAAGAAUAAAAGAGAAAAUUACAUUUUUCCAUUUUAAAAAUUAAAAUAUGUUUAUCCCCGAAAAAAAUGAAAAUAUUAUAUUAAUUAACGAUGAUUUAUCUGAUUAAAGUAAUGCCAUAUGUGAGAAAAAUCGUAUCUAGAUUUAUGAAUACAGAAUUAUUAGAAAUUUUGCUCAAAAUAACACUAAAAUCCAUAUAAUUCGAUCAUAAUAUAAAAGGGACAUGAGAGUUAAAAAAAAAAAAUAUAUAUAUAUAUAUAUUACACAUUUUCUUGAUAUAAUUGGUAUUUUUUCUAUCAUUGAUUAUAUACAUGUUAUGUACACGCGAGAAGUGGAAAAUUUGAUGUAUUGUAUCUGUAUAGUGCCUAUAGUGAUUGUCAAUGAAGAAAGUUGAAAAUGUAUAAAUUUUAAAAUCAGAGAACAAGAUGAAUAUCGAAAGUUUUCCAAAAUCUCAACCGAUCCCAAGAAAUCUAAAUUAUAACAUAUAUAGAUAUACGUGCUUGUUCAUCUCUCAUAUUCAUUAAUUUUAAUGAUAUAUUCAUUAAAAGAGAGAUAUUCCCAAAGAUUAUGCAAUUGUACACGUAGAUAAUCAUUACACCGAGUAAUAGAUACUCGUUGAAUCCCUUUUAAAAAUUAUGUGUUCAAAAGGAGUUUAUUCUACAUGAAAUUGUUAGUUUAAGUCGAAGUACAAUCAAAGGAUCUGUUUUCAAAUUGUGGCCCUUAUGACAAUUACAAUAUUCUAUAUGUCUAUUUCAUGUAUCCAUUUUUAAAAAUAUAAUAAAACACCCGUUAUGUCAAUGAUAAA